AAAACUAUUGAUUUAAAAAUUAUUUAUUGGAUUUUUAUUUGCUAUUGUAAUAUUUUUAUUAAUUUUACUAUAUUUGAAUGAGUGAGAAAGAAAAGGAAUUUUAUGGUCCACUUGACGCAAAUAAUUAUCAUCAUUAAGUGAUUAAUCAAUUAGUGUAAUAAGAACAGAAGUGAAUUCGAAAACUAUUUAAUUUGUCUAUAAAUUGACAUGAGAUUAAUGCAGUGAUUUAUGUGCUUUAAGAGAAUAUUAAGAAUUAUUAGCUACAAUUAUGGUGUCUUAUUAUAAUCAUCCAUUCGCGAUGUAUCAAAAGAAUCACAGCAGUGGUUCCAAUUUGCCAUAUUCUGCAUCACCGUCCGCUGCAUGGUAUUCAUCAAAUUAUCAUCAUCAGCCUCCAAAUGCAGCACAAUUUCUCGAUCCAGAUGGACCACCUCAACACAUGUAUCAUCAUUAUGCACCUCACAUGUUGCCUCAACCGUCGCCAGAUUGGGGACAUGACAACUACACAUCAUCGCCACAAAAUGGAUCUCUUGGAACGGGUAGUAGUGGAUUAGGAAAUAGUCCUGGUGCUGCAGCCUUUCUUUCAUUAAAUCAAGCAGCAUCAGCACAGAAUGAAUCAAAUAAUCAUCAUCAUAUGAAUGAUGCAAUUCCAAGUUUACCAUCACCACCUGUGACUGUACAUUCAGGAAGUGAUAUGAGCUCACCUGGAGCUCCAUCUUCAUCACCACAAAUUUCUUCACGACCAACUCCUGUCAAAAGUCCAUAUGAGUGGAUGAAGAAACCAUCAUAUCAGAGUCAGCCAAAUCCAGGCAAAACUAGAACGAAGGAUAAAUACCGAGUAGUAUAUACAGACCAUCAACGACUAGAACUUGAGAAAGAAUUCCAUUAUACAAGAUAUAUCACAAUACGCAGAAAGGCAGAGUUAGCACAAGCUUUAGGAUUGUCUGAAAGACAAGUGAAAAUAUGGUUCCAAAACAGACGCGCAAAAGAUCGCAAACAAAAGAAGAAGAUUGACGCUGGCAUCCCAAUUUCAAUGAAUGGUCAAACAAUUUUAACACAAUCCCAUGUUAAUAGUUCAUGCAACCCACAUUCAAAUCUCUCAAGUUUAUUGGAUGUGAAACCAAAAUUGGAACAAUCACUGCAUUUACAGCAUUUACAUCAGAUGAGUGCAAUGGGUAUGAAUAUGUCACAAAUGGGACUUCAUCCACAUUUACAUUCACAUUUACCACCACCAAUGCCUCCAACUUCAUCAGCAUCACAUCCACAAUCAUCUCCAUCGCCAAUGCUGAUGAAUUGAAGAUUUUUAUCAAUUUAUUUUUAUUCAUUAUUGUGUUUUAAUAUUAUUUUGUUUUAUUAUAUUCAGAAAAUGUUAA